CGUCACGUCAGUCGGGAGGCGGAAGCGCAGCGUGAGCGGGAGGGAUGUAGUGCAGUCCUGUGGGUCUCGCUUGCGGGUCUCUAAGUAGUUGAGCUUCUCUGAAAGCAGCGAUCCGACAGCAAGGCCGUCCCAGGCGCCUUAGCAUCCCCGCUGAUUGUAAAGUGUUGACCAGUUGCUACUGAACAUAUCUGAAGCAGAAAAUAGGAAGAUGGCAGCAAAUGCUUCAGGACAAGGUUUUCAAAAUAAAAAUAGAGUUGCAAUCUUGGCUGAACUGGACAAAGAGAAAAGAAAAUUACUUAUGCAGAAUCAAUCUUCAACAAAUCAUCCUGGAGCUAGCAUUGCACUCUCGAGACCCUCUCUUAAUAAGGAUUUCCGGGAUCAUGCUGAGCAGCAGCAUAUUGCAGCCCAGCAGAAGGCAGCUUUACAGCAUGCUCAUGCACAUUCAUCCGGAUACUUCAUAACUCAAGACUCUGCAUUUGGGAAUCUUAUUCUUCCAGUUUUACCUCGCCUUGACCCAGAGUGAAGGGAGUGUUUGUAAUGAAUGUGACUUUGUAAUUUCAAAUGCCAAAGCUACUCUCAUCCAGUGCUUAAAAACUGUGACUUUCAGAAUUUUGGUGAAUUUUUAUAUUUUUUGCUUUUUUAAGAGAAAGGUAUAUGCAAGCAAAAGCGUAAAGGAGGGUAACCAGGAUAAUGAGAGCGCUGGAAUCUGUAUCUGAGGAAAUGACUGCUACCUGUGACUGUAGCUCUUUUGUAAUGCAGUUUCAUUUUAACUGUAAAUCAGACUCUGAAUUGGAUAGUCACAUAAACUCAGCACCUGUCCCCUCAUGUGGCCCUGAGUAUAUCAUGUCCACAAUGGACUGUCAAGAAUCAUAUAUAGUACUUAACUUUAAAGAAGUGAGGGUGCUUUUAAAAAAAUGUGAACCAACAGGCUUAAUUAAGUCACAUUCAUAUUUGCUGUUUAUGGAUUAAUGUCUGUACCUUUUGAAUUUAUAGUCGAACAUAUCAUCCGGAAACAUUCUUUGUGAACUCGUAACUGGUUCCCUUAUUCUCAAUUUUAAAAGAAACCAAGAUAAGACUAAAUCACCAGUCUUAAACGUCUUUUAUGAAUAUAUGCCACUGUAAGUGAUGUGACUAAAUGCUAUUAAAAACAAUUGUAAGAAAUGUGAUGGUUUUAAAGUUUGUACAUGCUCUUAUUCAGUGUUGCUACUAAAUGGUGCAUCUACAUGGUCUUAUUUGGUUCUAAUUAAAAACUUAUUAUGCAAGUUGGACCCCUUUUUAAUUACUUGAAGUAGGAAGGAGUUAGGUUAAGCAAGUUUCUCAUCGUGAACCAUCUCUAACAGAAUCUGGGAUGCUUAUUUAAAUAUGCAGAUUCUGGACCCUAAUCUUGUCCUACAGAAUUAGAAUCUCUGAUUUAAAAUAAAGUCUGAAAACCAUGGGUUAGAGAAUUGUAUAACCUAUCUUGUCCAAAAGUUUCAUAAUACAUUUAUAAAAUCAGAUUUGUAGACACCUGAAACUUAGAGAUCACUUAGCUAAAAAUCUACUUUUUUGUUUGGUUCUAAUAGGAUUGUAAUUAUAUGUUACACUAUGUCCCAGAUGUAGUAUUUUGUGUAAUUUUUCAUAACUGGUAUCUUGGCCUUGAGUCCCCAUACUUUCUGGUGGUAGGACAAAAUUGAAACUUAAAGCUUCCAGUUUGGUUCAAUAUUUAGUCAGAGUUCAACUCUUUUCAAAUCGUUUCUUCUCCUCCCUCCUUCCCUAGAUAUUUGCACCAACCACACAGCCCCAUCCUACGCAAACUAAUUGAAGCAAGGGUGAAAAUCCUAGAUGUGUGUGCCACUUAGAUUCUUUCUCUUGAGAAUUUGAACUGAUUCCCUGCAUUUGAGUGAGGUGUAAUGGUCACCCCAUUGUCAUGGUCACCAUUACAGCAAAGGUGCCCUUAUUUCUGCUGCUGAGGAGCUCCCCAGGGACCUCUGGCUCCCAUCCUUCCUCAGGCCCAUCAACUAUUCCUUGGGUCUCCUUAUGGUGAUCUCCAUUUUCUUGAAUUAAUUUUACUAAGUUUCUGUCACCUGUGGUCCUUGGCAGGUGGCCUGGUUCUAAAUCUGUGUACUGAUGCUAGGUAGAUAAAAAAUUUGGAUUAGUAUAGUUUUUACACUAUGGAAACCUCUACCUAAUGUGUGACUUGUAACCCAGUUAAAGAGAUUUUCCCCCCAUGGUAUCUUUUCCAAUCCCUUAGCUUUUUAAAUAGAUAUUGCCUAAAUCUUGCAAUCCUGGCUAGUCUGCUCUGUUCCCAGAGUGAAGUACACUCCCUUCCCAUUCUUUGAGUCACUUAAAUUGCAUGUGAACUUAUUAAAACCCGCUCUGUAAUACACUGAGCUUUGGGGGAAAAAAGAUGAGUGAGGCAGUCCCUGCCUUUAAGGAGGUCACAGUGGAGUGGAGCCUACUCUGGAACACAAGUAAUCAUGAAGCAAGCCAGGAUGUAGUAGUGGCACGAGAGAGUCAUCCUGGAGUAGAUAACGUUCUGGAUGGGCUUAGAAGUAUAAAUCACGAGUUUACUUGGCAAGGGAAGGAAGAGCUGCUCCAGGCAAGGUCAAGAUUUCACCAUCAAAGAGAAAUGAGCACUAAAACACUAGGGCUGCAGCAGAUAAUAGGGCAGCAGUGGACUUAAGUCAGAAGCCCUGAGGUGAAAUGUCACCAUUGCUUCCCUCAGAUUGUAUGUGAACUUAGAUCACUCACUUAGCCUCUCUUUGCAUGUCACUCCAUCUAUAAAACGGGAAUAGCACAGUCUGCUUACUUAACAGAUUGUCUAGACCAGUAGUUUUCAAACUAUAGGUCUCAAUCCGCUAGUGAGUUGAGAAGCCAACUUAAUGGUUUAAUGGGGGUGACCAGCAUAUUUUUUUUUUAAAUAAAAUAGAAAACAUCAAAUACAUUGCAGUAGUAAGAUGGUUUUGUUUCAUUAAUCUGUUUCUGUGUGUGUACUUGUUUUGUUUUGUUUUUUUACUUCUUCACUACUAUAUUGCAUUUAGAAUAGUAUUUAGCAUUUAGUAGGUGUUCAGUAAAUACUUGUUUAAAGGAAAGAAUAUGAUACAUAUGACCUGGGUUGUGUUGUAAAAUAUUUUUUGGUUUUUUUUACUGUGAGUCAUUUGACAAAAAAGUUUGAAAGUCACUGCUAAUAAUAUAGAUGACAAUGUUUUGUAAAACUUUAAAAGUACUUUGCAAAUAUGAGACAGUAGUAUGACCCUGGAAUAAGAACUGAAAUGACCCAGUAAUUUCAGAGGCAGAUUUUUUUUUUCCUGGACAAUUUGAGUUGUCUUCCUAAGUUGCCUCAGUUCUUUGAUUUACUUUGGCAAUAGAAACUUAGCCUUUAUAUGAUUUUUAAGGCUUCUUGAGGCAAGGGAUUUGGCAAAUAUGGUUACAUUAAACAUAGAGGAUCAACAGAAAGAAUGAAUUCAUUCAUGCAGUUCAAUCACACUACCGGAAUCCCAUCAGAUAGCACAGGUCCUGUUUCAGCAGUAUUAAACUCACCCAGUCUUUCUUAUUCACUUCUGUUUGUACAAUGAUUGGUACACAGUAGACAUUGACACACUUUUUCUUUGGAAUGAGCAAAUAGAUAAUGAACGUGGACUAUGAGGAGGAGAACACAGUCUCUGUCUUCAAGACUCAUGAUCUAGAGCAGCAAGACAAGCACACUAGUAACCAGGGCUUCCGACCGGUUCGAAGCCCUGCUAGUAACUAAUACUGGGUGCAACCUGAUAAGGAGAGACUUGAGUACACGGAUCUCCCAGUUGUGGGAGCACCAGUGAAGGCUGCAUCAGAGAACAAGCAUCUGAACUUGGCUUUCAAGAUGAGAGGAUUUCAGCCAGUAAAGCUAGGAGAGCAACAUUCAAAGUAAAGGGAAAAUCUGCACAAAGCAGGGAGGAAAGCAGGUGUAGGAGCCAUUGUGAGCAACCAAACGUCCGUUUUGGCUGGAUAAUGAAUUUGUAUGGGGGAUAAUUAGAAUGAGGCUAAAGGUAGGCUGGAUUCAUAUUCUAGAGGGGCUUAGCUCAGUACGCAGCUGGGAACCAUUGAACUUUUUUGAGCAGAGGCAGAUGUAGAGAUAAACCAAUUCUGCUCUCAUCAGCUUUUGGGAAAGGAACUUGUGAGGCACCAAAACUAUAUUAAUCUCUAGUGAGAAUUCAGAGCCCUGGUGGCGCAGUGGUUAAGAGC